UACGAUUGGACGAGGGAACCCUCGGACCUACGCGCCGCGUCCACUUCAACACGCGAGCAAGGCAGCGCCGCCGCCGCCGCCUCCACUGAGUGCCCGGAGCAGCGUCAGCCAUGGCGGUAGGUAAGAACAAGCGCAUCUCCAAGGGGAAGAAGGGGUCCAAGAAGAAGACCGUUGAUCCCUUCUCGAAGAAGGAUUGGUACGACAUCAAGGCCCCGUCGGUGUUCAAUGUGCGGAACAUCGGCAAGACGCUUGUGUCCAGGACUCAGGGUACAAAGAUUGCUUCUGAAGGGUUGAAGCAUAGAGUUUUUGAGGUAUCCUUAGCUGAUCUCCAGAAUGAUGAGGAUCAGGCAUACAGGAAGAUAAGACUCCGUGCAGAGGAUGUGCAAGGGAAGAACGUGCUCACGAACUUCUGGGGCAUGGACUUCACGACCGAUAAGCUGAGGUCGUUGGUCAAGAAGUGGCAGACGCUGAUUGAGGCCCAUGUGGAUGUUAAGACUACUGACAACUACAUGCUCCGCCUGUUCUGCAUUGGAUUCACCAAAAGGCGUCCAAACCAAGUGAAGCGCACAUGCUAUGCUCAGGCGAGCCAGAUCAGACAGAUUCGCCGUAAAAUGGUUGAAAUUAUGGCCAAUCAAGCUUCAACCUGUGACCUAAAGGAGCUAGUUUCAAAGUUUAUUCCAGAAGUCAUUGGCAAGGAUAUCGAGAAGGCGACAUCCAGCAUUUUCCCACUCCAGAAUGUGUUUGUCCGCAAGGUGAAGAUUUUGAAGGCCCCAAAAUUCGACCUGGGAAAGCUGAUGGAGGUCCAUGGUGACUACAAGGAUGACAUCGGUACAAAGGUGGAAAGGCCUGCAGAAGAUGAGGCCAUGGUAGGACAGGAGGUUGCUGCUGAGUAGAGAGACUUAUCAUUAAUGUUGCUGCUAGCGUAAUUUAGACAUACAUCAUGUAUCACCUACCUAGUUCUGGAUCAUGAACAUCAUAGUCAGUUUCAGUUUUGAUGGCAGCUUUCUGAAUAUUUUGUUGACACUACUUGCUAGUUAUUUUUCAUCAGAAAAACGAAGUAUGUUACCAAA